AUGGGAAUCAAAGCAGCUCUUCCCAGAAAAGCCUUCAAGACAACCGUUCAGCCAGGAUGGUACUACUUUGGCAGAAAAAUGGAUACGGCUGACAUCGAAUGGAUGAUGUGGUUCUCCACGUUCAGAGAGCACAUCAUCUUUGCUCUCUCAGGUCAUGUGCUCUUUGCCAAGAUCUGCUCUAUGCUGGCUCCUCAGUACAAAGCGGUGGUUUACAUGGCGUACGGUAUGCUGGCCGUUUUCACCAGUAUGGGCUGGGCGUACGUCACUCUCAUCCUCUCUCACUGUGUGCUGUUGUACAGCAUCUCUCUGGUUAAGCUCAGGUGGCUCUGCUUUGCGGCCGGUCUCACAACACUGGCCACCUUUAAAAUGGAGCCUUUCAUUUCCUGGCAGGCAGGAUUUGUUAGCGGCUCUUUCGAGCUUCGUCCUAUCUUGUUCUACGGUGGUUGUGGGUUCACCAUCAUGCGCUGCAUGAGCUUCGCUCUUGAUAACUGUGAGAGGAAGGAUGGAAACUACAGCAUCCUGGAGCUGCUCAAGUACAACUUUUACCUUCCCUUUUUUUACUUCGGGCCCAUCAUGACCUUCGACAAGUUCUACAUUCAGGUCAAUAAACCAAACCUUAGCAGGAAGGAAGGGGAGAUGUGGAAUAUCUCCAUCCAAGCCCUGCUGCACCUAGCGGUCAUUACUAUAGUCGCAAUCAUCUUUCACUUCAUGUACUUUCUGACUAUACCCAGUGACAUGAAGCUCCUCAAACACAUCUCUGACUGGGCACUAAUCGGACUGGCCUACUUCACUCUGGUGUAUGACUGGGUGAAAGCAGCUGUGAUGUUCGGGGUGAUAAACACAGUGUCAAGACUGGAUCAUCUGGACCCUCCCAGACCGCCAAAAUGCAUCACUAUGCUUUAUGUGUUCUCUGAGACACACUUUGAUCGAGGAAUCAACGACUGGCUCUGCAAAUAUGUCUAUAACUAUCUUGGAGGGAAACAUGAUGACCUUUUGGAUGAGCUGAUCGCAUCUCUGUGCACGUUUGGUGUUGCCACCGUCUGGCUUGGCCCGAGCUGGGUAGUCUUCAUCUGGGCUUUUCUAAACUGCUUUGGCCUUAAUUUAGAAUUAUGGACCGUCAAGUUCUUCACCAUGGAGCCCUUUAUUUCUAUCGAGAUGGCAUUAUCUGAAUCAAUGUCCCGCAGAAUAAGGGCUGUGCUUAAUACCUUUAACUUCUGGACGAUUGUUCUCUACAACGUUUUGGCCCUGAGCGGUCUUGAUUUUGCAAAGCUUGUGGCUAAGAGAUUGUUACUUAAAGGUUUUCCCUUCACUACCAUCACUGUGAUGUUUGUUACCUACUGCCUGAUUCAGUUGAUUAAGGAAAUGGAAAGAAGACAGGCUAUGAUUGAUGAUCCAGACCCAAUCCCCCCACCUGCCCCUGUUCCUCCACCCACAAAUGCACCCAGUACCACCACCACAGUUCCCAGUACCACCCAGAUAGAUGCUGCUGCCGCCCAGCCUGUGGACACAAAGGAGAAAGCAGAGUAGAGAUUAGAUGAAUGUUAAUCUUUUCAGUUACUUCAUGGCUUACUUGUGGUCCUUUUUUUGAAAAGUUUGAAAUUUUACAGGUUUGGUCAACAUUCAUUGGCUGCUUUUGACAGAUGUGUGUUACAGAUACAUUGUUGUUUUGAGAAAAUUAGUGGAAGGAUUUUCUUACAAAAAAUGUUUUAAUGUAGUUUUAGGUGAAAUACUUCUGGCAAAUAUUCAAAGUUUUCUUUAAAGCAGUGUUUGGUGUAACUAGUUACUAAGCAAAUAGUUACUGU